AAGACGCCUGAGGGGAAGGAUUUAAAACAAAAAACGCCUGGUUUUAACAAUGAGUGAAAUUUCUUUUGGAUUACAAACUAUGAGGAGCUUUUCCCUCGCUGUAUCCUCUGAGCAGCUGUGACCACCGUGUCCAGACACCGACACGCGCCGUUCUCUGCCACAUCUCCGGGCUACUUGUUGUCAACCUGCGAGAAACAUGCCACCCAAAUUAUUGGCUUACGUCUCACUCCUGUCUGUCCUUCAUACAUGCUCUCUAACAAUCGAGUACGAGGAGGACUACGAGGAUGUCACUGUGAACCAAAUGCUGGCUCCUAAAUCACAGGAAACCGAUGCCACGAAUAUCCUCAACAAUUUACUGAAAGAAUAUGAUAAGAAACUGCGACCGGACAUCGGAGAAUUAUUGAAAAAUCAAAGGUGGAUUAUCUUCCUGACUGAGGAGCCAUUCAGCAGAGGAUGUGGUGGGAAGAUCCAAACCCACUCAGGAUCACAUGCAGGCCAACAGAGGGAGAGUUAA